AUGUCUCGCUCUACUCAACCUGCCGACGACUACAACGAUGAUCUUGAUGAUAUCGACGAAUUUGACGAGAAUGGGAUGCCUGGAGGCCCCCUGACCAUUAAGUGGACAUCGGAACGUACAGAUCGUCUCCUGGAUUGGUUGGAACAAAAUGUUCAGAAACGACAUCUGCUCUUCUCCAACUCCCAGGAAGAUGCCAACAAAGAGAGUAGGAAGAAGGGUCAGGCAAAGUUGAGCAAGGUUACGAUACAUGGGGAGAUAGCUCAAUUUGUAUUCAGUGGAGAUAGGGAUCCAGUCAUACGCAGCACUCUCAAAGCCAAUCCGGGAAGGUUUGCAAAAGCUGUCGAUAACCACAUUGCCUCACUCAAGAAAAAAUACCGUCAAUCUUGUACAACGCUGGGUCAUACUGGAGCUGGUCUCACUUUUGACCAACUAGAAGGGAACCCCGACUACAAAGGACCAAUUGGCGUGAUCACUACAAAAUUCAAGAUCUUCAACCGUCUGCAUGGCUUUUGGCAGAAAAUCCCCAACUAUAAUCCGUUCACAACAUCGUCAGAUCCAGACCAGGAUCACGAGGCGCAGGCAUUCGAUAUGUUGUUCCCAAACAAGCGUAGCCGGAGUUGA